AUGGCGAAGACGUCCUCAUCGCUUUCUGCCGCGCACCGCUGCUACGGCGUCGCCAGAGCUACCCGCGUUGCGCGCACCCCCAAGAACAGCAAGGAAGGAGGUGGUCAGCUGCAGGGUGUCAACAACCUCGAACGCUACAAGGGAGAGGAAGAGGACGAGCAGAAGGGUGGGGGUGGCAAGGAGCAGGAGGACCCAUUCCACAGGAGCUCUGGCCCCGGCUACCUGCCCUUCCCCCCGCCCUUCCACACCAUCAACGUUGUCAUGAUUCUCUUCCUCGCAAAUGUGCUGUGCUACCUAAUCAUGAACUUCGGCAAUGACGACUGGCGCGAUGUUGUGGUAGAGCACUUCACGCUGUCACACGAAAAUUGGACGCGCAUCUACCCCCUCUUCACCAACGCCUUCUACCAAGAGAACAUCCUCCAGCUGCUCAUUGACUGCUGGCUGCUCUGGCAGUUUGGCGACACGAUGCUGGGAUUCCUCGGCAACACGCGCAUGACCUUCUUCGCGCUGCUCUGCACGCUCGGUGGCAGCGCCAUCCACGUGGCGCGGCAGCAGUUUGAGCUUUACUACGGAAUGGACGAGCUGGAGGUACGCGGCCGCUGCUACGGCCCAAACCCGUUCAUCAUGGGCCUCGUGGCGAUUGAGGGCCUCAUUUUCCGCCAUCUUAACUUCAUCCAGCAGCCCCCGAUCCCCUUCCUCGUGCUGACGGCGUUCGUUAUGGUGAUUGACGUCUGGCGCAUCUUUACAACUAAGCCGGAGGAGCACGGCGCUGCCACCGGCGGUGCUCUCAUGGCAUACCUCUUCUGGGCCCUGCCGACUCGUAUGCUGGGGCUCGACAAGCUGACUGCCACGCUUUGA